AUGACCCCUAAGAAAGAAGAUCGCAGACACCCAUAUUUCUCGGGAAACUAUGCCCCGAUCUACACUGUCCAGCACUCGCAUCCUUGCGAGUUUCAAGGUGAAAUUCCAGACGAGCUUAUCGGAGGACAGUACGUCCGUAACGGCAGCAAUUCCCUUCAAGAUGAUGAACACCAGGACUUACAUUGGUUCGAUGGUGAUGGUAUGCUAUCGGGCGUUUUCUUCAAGCGCGUGUCUGGUUCGACGGUGCGGCCGUUGUAUUCAAAUCGCUAUAUCCUAACCGACGUGCAUUGUGCAACUGCGCAGUACCCAAAAAUCAACCCAAUCCUAACCAGUGUUACAACGCUUAUAAACCCUUUAGUGUCGCCGCUGAAAGUUUUUCUGGGCCUCCUGCGGAGCAUAGCACUGAUUCUCUCGUCAUUCAUUGGCUUUGUAGUACGCCCAGUCCGGAGAAUUGGCUCGGCGAAUACCAAUAUUCUCUUCCACGAUGGAAGGGCCCUGGCAACAAACGAGAUUGGACCACCGAUGAGAGUCUACCUUCCAUCUCUCCAAACGGUAGGCUGGUUCACCGGAAGCACAGCUGAGGGCGAACCCCCUGCCAAAAUACCAGGGCCGUCAUUUGGUGGUCCGGGAAUAGAGGGAUUCUAUAACGAGAUGACUACUGCUCAUCCUCGUGUCGAUCCUUCUACAGGCGAGCUACUGCUCUUCCAUUCGACAUUCAUCUUUCCAUUCGUGCACUACUCCAUCGUCCCUCCCGGGCGGGCGGGCAAACAUGUGUCCUACCUUAACCAACCAGUUCCUGGUUACACGUCGGGAAAGCUGAUCCAUGACUUUGGAGUGUCACGCAAGCAUACCAUAAUGCUUGACCUUCCUAUCUCUUUGGACCCGGUGAAUAUGACCCGAAAUAAGCCCAUAAUAGAAUAUAAUCCUCAGGGUCACACCCGUUUCGGUGUCUUCCCUCGAUACUGUCCCGCUCAAAUUACAUGGUAUGAAACGGACCCUUGCUGUAUCAUACAUACUGUAAACAGUUGGGAUGAGAGUGUCUCCUGCGGAACUCGUGUGCACAUGCUCGUCUGCCGAAUGAACAGCGCUGCUCAUCUUUAUCAUAUGGGAAACCUGGAUGCACCACCAGAGGCAAUCGCCCUGAGCCCUGAAUGUCGAUUGUAUUACUACCAAUUCCCUGCGCAUGGGUCCGCUAACAUCACCGAGCAAUGGGCACUAUCAGCCAUACCGUUCGAAUUCCCGCAUAUCCCACAACAUCUAGAGAUGACAGCCGCCCGGUUCGUCUACGGAUGUUCUAUGCGCGAGGGGAACUUUGCCAGGACACAUAAGUCCAGCGUUAAGAUUGACUGCAUUGUCAAAAUAGACGUCCAACGGUUAUUGCAGCAGGCCGAGUGUCAACCUAAGACCCAGGUGACUGGGUGUGUUGACCACCGGUCGAUAAAAGAGAUAAUUGCAACUGGCAGUGAGGAUGAUCCUAUUCAGGUGUUUGCCCUUCCACAUGGAUGGUACGCACAGGAGUGUUCGUUCGUGCCACGCGAAGGUGGAACCGUGGAAGAUGAUGGGUGGCUCGUUACAUAUGUCUUCGACGAGUCGCAGCUUGAUGCAAACGGAAAUGCGCCGACGACCUCCCGCAGUGAGCUCUGGGUUAUCGAUGCUCGCACUAUGAGGGAUAUUGUCGCGAGAGUGUUGUUGCCGCAGCGUGUGCCCUACGGGAUGCAUGGCAACUGGUUUUCCGAGGAGCAGGUUCUUAACCAGAGAGAGAUAGAGGAAUUCCGUUCUUUAGAUUGA